AUUUCGAGAAUCAAAACAAAACGUCGCAUUUUUGCAAAACUCCCUUUUUUUCUGUAAAUUUUCCAGUUUUUAUUUUAUAUGUUAACCCAAGUAAAACGUGUUGAACCAGUUUAACCAUGAGUGUGUCCGAUUAUCUGAACAACACUCAAAACCUCGUCCACCCGGAUUGGGAAGUGAUCGACCCUACGCCGGACAUCCACGUCCUGUUUCCCAUCUUCGACCGGAAGUUCUUCCAGGGCCGGCUGGUUUGCGUGCAGCUCGAGUGGAGCAAGAAGAUGUAUAGCUGCGCGGGCAUCUGCUACCAGCGCUCGAAUCGGAUGGGCAUGAGCUGCAUCAUCCGGCUGAGUGAACCGCUGCUCAAACUGCGGUCCCGUAAGGAUCUGGUGGAAACGUUGCUACACGAGAUGAUCCACGCGUACUGCUUUGUGUUGGGAAUUCGGGAAGGCAACGGCGGCCACGGGCCGAACUUCAAGAAGAUUAUGCACGGAAUCAACAAGAUAGCCGGGACCAACAUAACGGUAUACCACACAUUUCACGACGAAGUUAAUCUGUACAAAACGCACUGGUGGAAAUGUAACGGGCAGUGUCGGAAUCGGGGUCCCUUUUAUGGAACGGUAAAGCGAACUGCUAAUCGCAAACCUGGCCCUUCAGACUUCUGGUGGGCAGAGCAUCAACGAAGCUGUGGGGGUGAAUUUAUUAAAAUAAAAGAACCAGAACCGAAGCGGAAAAAAGCAAUUGCCAAAGGAGGUGAUAAGGAGAACAAGUUGGAAGACAGCGGUAUCAUCGUACCUUCUAAGUCAGGCAGGAAAACGAAAAGUCCAGUGAAGCCUCCGCAAAACAAUAGGAUAUCAAAUUACUUCAAUAAUUCGGCGGGAUCUGGUGGUGUCAAUAGUGGGGUCCAGGGAGGAAAUGGGUUCAAAAAACCUUACACGGGUACGGUGGCCAACGCUGGAGGCAGAACCGUUGUCGUUCGAAAACCUCCCUCGGCCAGCGUGAAAAAACCUCAACCCGAAACCGAAAAUCGGGUGCCUGUUAAAAAGCCUGCUUCGGUUGUGCCACCUGGCACUAAUUUGAAGAACGUUAAACAGUUUAAGGAUUUGUCCGGUAGCGAUUCGGAAAGUAGUCCUCCGAAAAAACCUCCGGUAGCAUUGUUUGUGGGCGGUGGAUACACUUUGGGAGGUUCGUCCGGCAGUCAAAACCGAGCUGGCCAGGUUGGGAAUGCACGAAACAGUCGGUUACUCGCUCAAUUUGCCAGUCCAGCGAAAAAAGCGCGCGUCGAAACGACGACAACAUCGACUCAGGCGGAAAGCAUAGAUCUGUCCGAUGAUACCGAUUACAUUUUCGACCAAAUCGAUCUGAACAAAAUCAAACAGGAACGUCAGGAUGCUAUUAAAAAGGAAAUUCUUGAAUCUCUAGCCGAUGAAGACAUGGAGGACAUCAUUCUGAUCGACGAUGAGUACGAUGAUGACGCCGAGGACGACGAUCUGGUUACGGUUCUGAAUGAUUCCCUCACCGAUACCUCGGUCAUUGAUGAACUGUUUAGUGCCAACGAUUCGCUGAUCGAGGACUUCAACCGAACCAAUGCAAUCAUCAAAGCGGAACGUGAGGAAGACGAAAUCGUGUCCUGCCCGAUGUGUUUGAAAAAAAUCAAACGAUCCUCGAUCAGUCCCCACUUGGAGCAAUGUUAUUCGAUCAUCCUCGGCGAAGAAUCCACCGAUACUGAAUCGAUGGACAAACACAAUCGGCCUUCCACGUCCAAAGGCGAACCCAGCCGGCCGGAGAGUUCCUCGACGGCUGCCACCGAGCGGGAACUAAACCGACAGAUGCUGCUCGAUUGCGGUUACAGCGAAGCCGAUAUAGUGGACGCAUUGGAUGCUCUAGAGCAGCAGGAAAGUGCCGAUAUCUCCUCGAACAGUCAAGCAGCACCAGCAGUAGCAGCAUCCCAAUCCAGCAGCGAGCAGCGAAUCGAAACGAAUGGUGUGUAUGACCUUACCUUACAGGACGACGAUGAUGGGGUACCGGAAACUUUGGUGGAAAAGUGCGAAUGUCCAGUUUGUGGCCGGAAUGUCCCAUUCGAGCAGAUCAACGUGCACCUGGAUCAGUGUUUGGGGUCGUGAUGGGGUGGGUUUGUUCAAGUUUUCUUUUCUAUCAUUCAAAUGGAGCAAUGUUGCUUUGGAUAUAUUUUUUCAAAUA